AUGACUAGAGCUUUCCUUGCCAUGCGUGCGGUCGCUGUCUUCGUGCUCCUGGUCCUCGGCCUCGGCCAGAGCGCGGCUGCGUCCUCGCUGUCCUCCCGGCUAAGCCGCCGGCGGGGCUCGCCCAAGCACCGCGCUGCCCUUCCGGACCUGUACGAAGCGUCUGUGAUUGAACUGCAGGCAGGCCUCGAGGGCGGAUACUUCACGAGCGUCGACCUGGUCAAGGCAUACUUUGCGCGCAUCGAGGAGGUCAACCUGCAGGGGCCCGAGCUGCGCGCCGUCAUCGAGACGAACCCGUCCGCACUCGCGCAGGCCGCCGCGCUUGAUGCCGAGCGCCGCGCGACGGGCCCGCGCAGCGCCUUGCACGGUAUCCCGGUGCUGGUCAAAGACAACAUUGCCACUCUGGCCUCCGAGGGAAUGAACACGACCGCCGGGUCGUACAGCUUGCUCCGCUCCAUUGUCCCUGACGAUGCGGGCGUGGUCAAGAGAUUGCGGGCCGCCGGUGCCAUCAUCCUCGGCAAGGCCAACUUGUCUGAGUUUGCGCAUUUCCGGGGGAACCUGGCCUCUGGGUGGUCGGGGCGCGGUGGCCAGUGCACGAACGCGUACUUCCCCCACGCGGAUCCUUGCGGGUCCUCGGCGGGCUCCGGUGUCUCGGCCUCGAUUGGCCUAGCGGCUGUCACGCUGGGCACGGAGACGGACGGCAGCAUCACAUGCCCCGCAGACCGAAACAACCUCGUCGGCAUCAAACCGACGGUGGGGCUCACCUCGCGCGCGGGAGUAAUCCCGAUCUCCGAACACCAGGACACCGUCGGGCCGCUCGUGCGCUCAGUCGCUGAUGCCGCCAUUGUGCUCUCGAUCAUCGCAGGCCCCGACCCGAACGACAACUUCACGCUCGCGCAGCCGGUGCCGGUGUCCAACUACGCGCUUGCCCUCGAUCGCAACGCCCUGCAGGGCAAGCGCAUCGGCGUGCCGCGCGCGGUGUUUCUGAACGACACGAUCACGGGGAACGACCCGUACGUCAAUGAGGUGUUCGAACAGGCGUUGGCGACGAUCGCGAGCCUGGGUGCCACGGUGGUGGAUCCUGCGAAUUUGCCUUCUGCUGAGGCGAUUGCGCAGUCCAACAACGAGACGGUUGUUCUGGACACGGACUUCAAGAUUCAGCUCAACGCGUGGUACGAGUCACUAAUUGAGAAUCCCUCGGGUGUGCGCUCUUUGGCACAGUUGAUUCAGUUCGAUAAUGAUAAUCCGACCCUGGAGGAGCCACAGGGGUAUACUGACCAAAGCAUCUUGAUCGCGUCAGAGGCCACGACUGGCUUCAACGCAACCUACUAUGCUGCUCUGGCGGCCGACUACUACAUGGGACGAACGAAUGGUAUUGAUGCCGCUCUUCAAAUGUACGACCUCGAUGCGCUCCUCCUCCCCGCCUCCGGAUUUACGACUACUCCGCCUGUACCUCUCGGUUUCUAUCCGCAGAAUGUCACGAUCGGACUGGCAGGGCCGGAAACCGUGUAUCCUGCUCCCGGGGUACCUCUUGGUCUUUCCUUCCUCGGCACCGCGUACAGUGAGUUCGACCUUGUGUCCUACGCGUACGCCUACGAGCAGGCUACGCACACGAGGCUUGCGCGGAGGGCCUACGCAGAGGCCAUUCCCCAGACGCAGCUGUGGGACAUCAUCUACGGAGGCAUCUAG